AAUUGCAUGAAGAAGAAGUGGAAGCUAGCAACACAUGUGGAACACAAACUGAUUCUCCUAUUGUCGUUAGUAAACCAAAAGUUGUCUUGCGAUCUAUUGGUACCCAGACUUCUCCAAUUAGUGUCAGAAAUAUGGGGUAUCAAGUUAAUAUGCGACCUCGACACAGAAGUCAAUGUGUACAAGUAACGCCAGAUACAACAAACAUUCACUGUCAAACACGUCUUGACGGUAAUUUAAAUUCAUUCCUUAUAAUUUUGUUUAAAAUCAAUCAUAUCGUUAUUAAAUUUUGUUUCUUUUUUCCUAGACCAAGGCGACUAGGACAAAGACGACGAUGUUGAUAACGAUGAAAAUGUUGAUGAUGAUGAAACUGAUGAAGAUAAUUACGAGUUUGAUGAUGAUUGUGACGACGAUAACAUUGUCCCCCAACUUAAUAGUACCACUAUUGAAAAAAUGAGAGACCUGACUCCAGAUUUCUUCGCCAACAUGCUGGGAUUAUCUUCAAUAACAAGCAGCAACAAGAGUUGUAUACACAACGUAGACGAAGAUGAUGAGACAAAUGAAGAAGAAUUGCACGAUGUAUCAUUCAACGAUUCCUGGUUGAAAAAGUCAGAAGAGCGGUAAGAAUUAAAAUUUCGCACAAAACAUGAAUCCGUUGCGUUAUAUAUACUCUAUGCUUGAUAUUGAUUUUCACUUAACAUAGCUGUGACAAGACUGAUCCUACGUACGAGCCGGACGUUGAAGAAGAUUACGAGAAGAUUAAUCUAGUAAUUCCCAUGCAAAAGAAAGAGCGAAUUUUCUUGGUGUUUGAAUUCUGCCUAAAGUCACUUUUUAAGUACUGUCCAAAAUGCGGCGUAGGACUGGAUUCAACUAUGACUACGGAAGUCCCAAAUACUGGUACACAGUUAAAACUCAAAUUUAAUUGCAUGAAUGGCUGUGAUUCAUCUUGGGUAUCACAACCUGAAAUGCAAAGUACACGAGGAUUAGGAAAUUUGUCCAUAACGUCAGCGAUCGAGAUGGCUGGAUUACAAUUUAACAAAAUGAAACGAUUCGCAAAAGUAUUAUACUUAAAAUUUCUGGACAGCAGCACUUAUUACCGUCUACGAGGUGACUAUGUUUUUCCAGAGAUAUAUAAAGCAUGGAGAAAACAUAAGUCUAAACUUAUUGACGAUAUAAAGCAAGAGGAUAGGCAGUUAGAACUCGCCCUUGAUGGACAGUGUGACACUCCUGGACACAAUGCAACAUACUCAACAGUAUCUGCAAUGGAUGUCAAAACAAACAAAAUUAUUGAAUUCAACAUUGUCCAUGUUCGCGAGGUCAAAAACUCUCAAAAUAUGGAAAAGGAAGGAUUUAUUCGUUGCCUUGAAAACAUUCAGGAAAAACAUAAACUUCAAAUAGAAGUGGUUGCUACUGAUAGACACGGUCAAAUUCGAAAAUUGAUGAGGACCGAUCCUCGCUUUAAUCACAUCUUUCACCAAUUCGAUCCAUGGCACAUUGCUAAAGGAUUUGUGAAAAAACUGACUAAAGCUUCAAAGAAAAAGGGGUUCCAUCUGCUGGCAGAAUGGGCCCCUGCGACAGUAAAUCAUUUAUACUGGUCUGUUUUAACGUGUAAUGGUGAUCCGAAUGACUUACGAGAGCGUUUUUGUUCCAUUAUGCAUCAUGUUGUAAACCGCCAUUCCAAUUUCGUUGGAAAUAAAAAUUACCUAAAAUGUGAACAUGGCGAACUCAACGACACUGACAUUCGACGCAAGAAGUGGUUAAAGAAAGGAACGCAAGUUAUGAGAGUUCAAAUCUAUUGUUCUUCAAAGACAAGUUGUCGCUGAUCUUUCCCACAUGACCCGAUUGGUCUAUACCACAUUGUUGAAAGUAUUUCAUAGUGUCAAAAUCCGUUAUCUCCCCAAAUCCAUUUUUUUCAAUAUGGAAAAGAUGAUUGCGGGUACUCAGUUAGCCAUUUUGGAUCAUAACUUAAAUGUGGAUAGAGAACAGGAGACAUCUAAAAAAGCUGAAAAAGAGGGCAAUGUGAAACCAAUUUUUCGCAUUGCCUAUAGCAAACCAACAAAACGUUUUGUCGCCAAAAAGGAGAAAGUCGCAAAAGAUUAUAAUUACCUUGUUGACAUACUCGGUAAAAUAAUCACACGAGUUGAAGAAAAUAGAAAGGUAACCACGGAAAAGCGCAGCAAACGUAAGCUCAGUUUGACUGUAGCACCAUCAGAGAGAGAAGACCGUGAAGUUAUCAUUGA